GGUUGAGGAGAAUCGAGAAGAAUAAGAAGAAGCAACAAGAAGAAGUGCACCUCGACAGGCCCCCUCUUAACCGGCAUCAAGUAAACCUUGAAGAACUUGUAGUCGCAGUGAUGGACAUAGCUGCAACAGAUGAAAAAGGUGAAGAAGAGAAGAAAGAAGAAGAAACGAAAGAGGAUAAUGCAACAGAUGAAGAAGAAGAAGUAAAAGAUGAGGAGAUGACACCUGAAGUAGAAGAAGAAAAUGAGGAGAAAAGAAAAGAAGAUAGUGAAAAGAAAUCAGAAGAAGAAGAAGACAAAAUCGAGAAGACAGUUAAAGAAGAAUUAGUGGUCGAGAAGAGAAGAAAUCAUCAUCAGAAGAAGAGAAGGAAAAUGAUAAGAAAGAAGUUGAAGAACAGGAGAAAAAACAGGAAGAAAAAGAAAUGGAUGUGAUGGGCAUUGUUGCGGAACUCAAUCAAGAAAACUAGUUUUGUAGAUUUGGAAAAAACAAUUUUCUUACGGAUUUGUUUGUUUUAGUGAUUUGCUUUAUGGAUAAUUAAAUUACAUAUGUUUGACAUGUUUUUUUAGUAAUUUUUUUUUUAUGUAUGAAUUACAUAUAUUUGACAUGUCAAUGAUGGAUGACAUUU